UCCGCGCGGCAGCGAGAUGAGCGGGGCAGGGUCUGCGGGCACGGCCGGGGGACUGCGGGUAGAGGGGCUGCCACCGCUACCCAAAAGCCUGAGCGGGCUGCUGCACUCGGCGGCGGGCGGCGCGGCGGGCGGCUGGCGACACCUGGAGCGGCUGUACGCGCAGAAGUCGCGCAUCCAGGACGAGCUGAGCCGAGGGGGCGCGGGCGGCGGCGGGGCGCGGGCUGCGGGGACCCGGACCAAGCCCCCCAACCUGGACGCCGCGCUGGCGCUGUUGCGCAAGGAGAUGGUUGGCCUGCGACAGCUGGACAUGUCCUUGCUCUGUCAACUGUACAGCCUCUAUGAGUCCAUUCAGGAGUACAAGGGAGCGUGCCAGGCAGCCUCCAGCCUGGACUGCACCUAUGCUCUGGAGAACGGCUUCUUCGAUGACGAUGAGGACUUCCAGGAGCAGGGCUCGCUCCGAGAAGGCCAGGGCCAAGGCCCUCCCCGGGACUUGACACUGCCUGUGAGCCACCUCUCCAGCAGCGACUGGAUUCUGGAGUCUCUCUAGCACCCCUGGAGUUCAUCAACACAGACAGACUGGCAGCAUCUGUUUCUCUUCUUGCAAGAAAGCAUGUUAAUCUCUCCAUGGUGGAUGGUUCAUGGGCACCUGGGGACCGGUGCCUCCAGUCUAACUUGUGAAUAAGGAGUUUGUUGACAAGUGGGACAGCCUGCUCAGUUGGCUGCAGGGUCUCCCUGGUGACCUAGAGGCCUGUUAGCAUAUCCCUGGCAUUCUGAGUGGCACCUGCCGGAGGCUGUGACAGAAGGGUUCCAUGUGGAAAGCCUUCAUGGGCCUUCUGGGGGAGCUUGCUCUCAGCCAGCUUCUUUGUAGGUGGCAGGUGUGUUGUACCCUCUUUAAGAAUGCUGCGCUGGUGUGUGAGAUGUGGAAACCGUUUCCCCGCCCAGAGUCCCCAAGGUGGUCUUCAUCUUUUCUUGCUGUCACUGAGCUGUUAGCUUCUUUGCUCAGAUUUCUUUGAAAGUUGCAUCACUGAAUUGUGAGAACUUUCUGGAAGGAGGAAAUAUUCUGCCACUCUGGUCAGCCACUUUUCUGCAACUUCCAAAACUGACAUCCGGCAAAGGUAAAGGGGAAAACUUGAACGAAUACACCCUGAAUGGAGAGAGAAAACCUGGGACACCAUGAGUGAUGGGUGACAGCUACGGACUGUAGACUGCCGUGCUGUAAAGCAGUCCUUCCAAGCCUUAAUCUAUUUAUUAAAACUCUUUCACGAGAGCGUUACACUGUCGGUUAAACAUGGAUAGAGUGCGCAAGUGUCUCUUGCCGUGUGUCGUUUUGUUCGGGUGUCUGGGGAUGUGGCUCAGUGAGUCCGGUGAGCCCCUAGCAUGUAUGAGGCCUGGGAUUUGACCUUAGUAUCAUGUCAGCUGGGCAUGGUGGUAUGUGCCUGUAACCCCAGGACUGAGGUGGAGGCAGGAGGAUCACAGAGAGUUCAGGGCCACUUUGGUCUACCCUUUCUCAAACAAAACAAAAAUCAUACUCUGAGCUCACAACCUGCAUGUGAGUGCAAUACAACACAUAUUGAAAGAAAGUGAAGACUUUUUUGGCCAUUAAGUGAAUUUUAGGAGGUAGAAUUAUUUCUGUUAAGCUUGGACAGUUGUUUCAUUGGUACCGGACCACAUUUACAACAAGAUUUCACCUGGUUUAUCAGAGCACACCAGGUUCCUUCCUCCUCUUUUGGUGAGAAGUCUGCUCACCAGUGCCCUCUGGAGUCCAGCAAGGGAAGUGCAAUUUAACAAGUGAGUUAAGAGGGCACCAGCAACAAAGCAAAGGAUUACACAAAAGUCCACCUUGGCAAACCGACAAGCUUGUUGAUGUUACUCACUGGCCUGCGUAAUCCCCAGACAGCUACAUCAUCACAAAGUCCCUCUCCAGGAUGGUCGGUGAGCUUCCCGUAGCUGUGCAGAGGACGGUCCUCUUUCCCCACGCCCUCCCAGCAGCUAACUCUCAUACUGUACCCUCUCACCUUCAAGACCAGACCAGGAGACCAGAUGUGACAGCUGUUCCCAUCAAGAUGACAGUGGCUGUUGUGCUUGGAGGACCGUGUACUGGUUACUUUGUCAACACAAGCUUGAGUCAUCUGGGAAGAGGGACUGUCAAUCAGGGAAUUUUCUCCAUCAGACUGGCCU